AUGGCCUCCAACAACGACUUCACCCUCUACCCCUACCCUGAUCUGUGGAACAACGAGCAGAACUUCCUACCAAGCUCAACGUACCAGGACCAGAACUACCUCAACGCUACAUCCUUCGACUCAUACCAAGCAAAUCAACCUUACGUGCAGCCAGAUCAGUACACGUUUGGCGGCGACCAAUCCUUUCUAUCCAAGCACAAUCUCCAACCACCGAGCUCGAAUUACUCACCAUCACAUGCCGCAUCGCACUCCUUCGACCUCCAACCCCCGGUGCUCUCCUCCAACUCCGACUCUGGUGCCUCCAUCCAAAGCGCCAUAUCCUCCGCGAUCGGGUCUCCCUCCGCUCAAGCUCGAUCAUCACACGACUGGAGCCAGCAGCAGACCAUGAAUAUGCUGCCUGGCAUUGUACAGCAAGACAGCAUGAGCCAUGAUGUGUUCGCGACAACCAGGUUCGACCUCGAGACCAUCCCUAUCACCGACAAGGGCUGUGUUGGUGAGUUUUCACAUAUUUCCUCUUCUCAGUUUAUCCCGAGCACGCCAUCGUUCGAUACUUCGAUGUUCCCGUCUUCUUCGUUCGACCUUCUGCGAGAGGCUGGCCCUUUCGUACCAAGCACUGGGGACGCCAGCUGGCGGCUGCAUUCGAACUCACGGUCAAGUGCAAGCUCUGAGCGCACAUUGUCCGUGGUAUCCAAUCUCACGCCUUUGCAAAGCAACCGCGUCGAGAGUGUGAGUCCGAACGACAGCGUCUUCAAGUCACCCAGGACACCAGCCUCUGCCACCUCUCCAGUGAUCGAGCGCGUUAAGGGCAAGCGAAAAGCCUCCGUUGCACCAGCACACCCCAAACGAGCGCGUGCAUCCUCGCCGCUCACCCACACCAUGUCCUACUCCGAAAGCGACCUCCCAGCACGCCCAAAUGCGCCGCCUCCCACUUUCACAUCUCCUUUCUUUUCUCAGUCCAGUGGCAAUUUCGUCCCACCGCUUGAACUUUCUUAUCCUGCCUUGAUCCAGCCAUCUUACUCGCCAUCGCAGUUUACCGGCAAUCCGUUUGCAGACAUGGCAGCUGCACAAUCACCCCGAAACAUGGUGUUCAACCAAGGACCUUCACCAGCGCCUUCACACCCAGCGCGGAGCCCACGAGCACCGGCAAGCAAGCUGUCAGGCACCGCAUCACCAUACAUGCGAACACAAUCCUACCAACCCUAUCCGGUCUUCAACGGAUCAAGGCGGCAAUCCAUCUCCUCAGCCCACUCUCCUCACAGCCAAGCCUCGCACUCCUCCGAGGACUCCAACAAAGGCCUGUGCCCCAUCGCGGCGUGCGGCAGGCACGUCAAGGACCUCAAGGCGCAUAUGCUCACGCAUCAGAACGAACGACCUGAGAAGUGUCCGAUCCCAACAUGCGAGUACCAUACCAAGGGCUUCGCACGAAAGUACGACAAGAACCGACAUACUCUGACCCACUACAAGGGUACCAUGGUCUGCGGCUUCUGCCCCGGCAGCGGCAGCGCAGCGGAGAAGAGCUUCAACCGUGCCGACGUCUUCAAGCGACAUCUCACAUCCGUCCACGGCGUCGAACAAACACCACCCAACGCGCGGAGGAAGAGUCCCUCCGCAGCUGGCAGCAAGAAGGGCUACGGCCGCGAGGUCUCCGGCAUGUGCUCGACCUGCGGCGUCACCUUCGCCAGCGCACAAGACUUCUACGAACAUCUCGACGACUGCGUGCUGCGCGUUGUCCAGCAAGCCGAUCCCAGCGAAGCCAUCAACGAGAAGCUCCUCACCUCCAUCGCCGACGACCAGCAAGUCCAAGCGACGAUGGAGAAGCACAUGCUGCCCACCGGCGUCGACUUCAGCGCGCCCACCUCCUUCGACGAAGACGAAGAAGUCGAGGAAGACGACGACGCCGCCGAAGAAGACGCCAACGACGGCACCUACGGCUCCCGCUCCUCCCGCUCCGGCAAGGGCGCCCUCCGCUCGAAGAAACCGAGUGUCUCCAGCCAGCACGUCGGGGGUGGCGACCACGUCUCCAGCGGUGGUGCUGUCAGCAAGCCCGGCCACAGCAAGAAGGGUCUCACUUUAUCCAAGAACGGCGUCCCCCUCUCCGGCCCCAUGACCGGCAAAGGGUCGAAACGGAGGAAGAACUAUCCCCUCUCCUGGGGCGCCGCACCCGAGAAAAUGCGCAUGCGGAAGCGUGUACUGUGUGUCUACGACGGGCAGAGGCGGCUGUGGAAAGAUGACAUGAUGCUCGAUUCCGAGCACGAGGUGCGGAUCCCGCUGAACGACGAAGUCGGCGUGAAUCGCGCCUGGGUCACCGACCUCGACGUCCAGACUUUGCGCAGGGCGGAGGGGAUUCAUAACGCGACGGAAGAGGAGAAGGGCCCGUGGUUGGAUGAGGGGGAGUUGGAGCGGUUGAUGGAGUAG